UAUUUCCUGAAUGCAGCGCCAGUGGUCAGUUCUUCUUCCUGCGACAAAGGUCAAGCUGGUAAGAAGAAGCAAGCACCCAAGAAAAUCGACCGAAACCGACUAAAAAGCGACUUAAAUCAUGUCCCACACCAUCCUGCUGGUGCAGCCCACCAAGAGGCCAGAGGGGAGGACGUACGCUGAUUAUGAAUCUGUGAACGAGUGUAUGGAAGGUGUGUGCAAAAUGUACGAGGAGCAUUUAAAGAGAAUGAACCCCAACAGUCCGUCGAUAACAUACGACAUCAGCCAGCUGUUUGACUUCAUCGAUGACCUGGCUGACCUCAGCUGUUUGGUGUAUCGUGUCGACACACAGUCGUACCAGCCGUACAACAAGGACUGGAUCAAAGAGAAGAUCUACGUGCUGCUUCGCCGUCAGGCCCAGCAGGCAGCAAAGUGAAGCCUCUGAGGAGAUGCAUGGAUGGGUGGAGAGGGAGGGUGGGGUUGGGGGUGAGGCGGGGUCAAUGUUAUUUUUACUAUCUGUAACUUGUGUUCAAAAAGUUUGAGCUAACUUGUUUUGAGAAGUUUUUAAAAAGUUUUUUUUUCUUCAUGGAGAGGAGGUGUAUUUUGUAUUUUAAUGUUAUGACUUAUUAAUAAAAACGUUCCUUUAAAU